GAAAAUUCGACUACGAGAAAUCCCGUAGUCGCAAAAACUCGAGUGGGAGAAAAACCCCAGUCGCCAAAACUCUAUGAAAACAGUGAAGAACAGCGACUACGAGAAAAACCCCAGUCGCCAAAACUCUAUGAAAAUCGUGAAAAAUUGCCAAAUGGUUUGAGAGGAUAUUAUGUACAUAGACUUCUUGUAAAUAAUGUGGCACAAUGGGCUUCAGCUCGCUAUUCAUGGUAUGUUUGUAAACUUCUUGACGAAAUUCAUAGACAAGAACGUGAAGAGCUAGAGAACAAGCUUGAAGCAAAAGACAAAAACAUACAGAAAAGAAUACCACGUUCGGUACCAAAAGGAAAGGAAAAGAACUAUAAGUAUAUGAUUUACACUGAAGAGAUGGAAAAUGAAGAAGACAGAGAUAUGGUUAUGUUGCAUUUAGUCAGAAGAAACAACAAAAGCUUUUACGACCUUGCUAAGAUUUACAAAUCUGACAGAAAUUGGUUCUAUCGCGAAAACUUACCGAUUUCAAUGACACCAAAUGAAGAUGUGAAACAAAUAGUUCAAGAUACGUUACCUCAAACACACUAUGAUAUGAAAGGUUGUACAAUACUUACAUUCAAAGAAGAUUUGCCAUUGUUAAAGGAAAAAAUAACAGAGUAUUUUGACAACUUCAAACAAGUAGAGUAG